AAAUUCUAUACCAUUGUAUAUUUAACGGGAACGAUUGGUUAUGGAUUAUAUGUUAUCAAUUGUAUAGCUACAAUUGGUUUCGGAUAUUAUUGGGCCAUUAUAUUCUAUGAAAGAAACCUUACAACUAUGGAUGAAUUAAUUGUGAGUUUUCCAGCAUAUUUUGCAAUUUGCACGGAUAUAGCUUAUCGUCUUGGACAAAUGUUUACGACCGUUUUAUCAUUUAUCAUAUUUGUUAUUGAAUUAUUUCAAGUGAAAUUAGAAGAAUUAUUUAAACUUGCACAAAGAAUGUUUAGUCGUCGAUGGAACAGAAGUGGAUUGAAAAAAAUAUUCUGGAAUCAAUUUCAAGUUAAAUACGUAAAACUUUAUGCUGAAACUGCUGAUUUUAAUAGAUCAUUUGGUAAGAUGCUUCUCUAUAUUGAAAUGGUAUCAAAAUCAUCCAUCAUAAUAUCAUGCAUGUUUUACAGUGAACAAAAAGAGAUAAGUCAAUACUGUAUUACGGCAAUUCUAUCAUUAAUGUCUGCUUUUGUUUGCGUAACAAGUCUUUAUUCACGUGUAGCACGAUUACCAUCAUAUAAUCGUCGUUGUUGUAAAUCUGUAGUGUGUUGGUUAGCACGAACACAAUGGUCAUCAUCAAAAACAAAAUUUGAAAAUUUAAUUACAAGACAAGGGAUUAUAAUUAUAAACCGUACUACAAUCAAAUCGAAUCUGUUCGUUCAAACUAUGAGCGAAAAUCAACUUGGUUUCACAUGUGGUCAUCUAUUUUUUAUAACAAAAUUCAAAUACAUUGAAUUGCUUUUAAUGAACAUUCCAAUGAUAUUUAUGUUUUAUGAACAAUUAUGUAUGAACACAUCAAUCUGAAUUUUACAAUUAGAUCAACAACAACAACAAAAAAAAAAAUUAUAAAAUUUAAAAAAUUUGA